ACCCAGUUGCCAUAGACUAAACUCCUUCAUCGACUUCUUUGGUUUAUAGCCACGAGGUUUUUAGUAAUAUUUCAAUUUAUUAGUGAAUUAAUAAAAAGAUAACUGAUAUUCCUUAGAUAAAAUGCCUCCAAGUAAUCCAUUGCCACCAAAAGAGAAUGCUCUUUUCAAAAGAAUAUUGCGGUGUUACGAACAUAAACAAUACAAAAAUGGCUUGAAAUUCGCCAAGCAGAUAUUAUCGAAUCCUAAAUUUGCAGAGCAUGGAGAGACUCUGGCUAUGAAGGGACUGACGUUAAACUGCCUCGGCCGUAAAGAUGAGGCAUAUGAGUAUGUUCGUAGAGGUCUCCGCAAUGACCUCAAGUCUCCAGUAUGUUGGCACGUUUAUGGUCUUCUCCAGAGGUCUGACAAGAAGUAUGAUGAGGCAAUAAAGUGUUACCGCAAUGCAUUAAAAUGGGAGAAGGAGAAUAUACAGAUUUUAAGGGAUUUGUCGUUACUCCAAAUUCAAAUGCGGGAUCUGGAAGGUUACAAAGACACUCGUUACCAGCUGUUCAUGUUAAGGCCAACACAAAGGGCUUCAUGGAUAGGCUUUGCAAUGAGUUACCACCUCCUCGGUGACUUUGAAAUGGCAAAUAGUAUAUUAGACGCCUUCCGAACCAAUCAGAUGAAGGGCCCAUAUGACUAUGAACAUUCAGAGUUGUUGUUAUACCAAAACAUGGUAUUGGCAGAGUCGGGCCAGUAUGAGCGGGCCUUGCAUCAUUUGCAAAAAUUCCAAAGUCAAAUUUCAGAUAAGUUAUCUAUUAAGGAAACCUCUGGAGAGUAUUAUUUGAAAUUGAAGAGAUAUAAAGAAGGUGAAACAGUAUAUGAAGAUUUGCUCAAACGUAACCCAGAGAAUGUCAUGUAUUAUCAAAAGUUAGUAGAAGCUAAACAGCUUCGCGACCCUGAUGCCAUUGUGGCCUUCUAUGAAGUAUACAAAAAGGAGUUCCCCAAAGCAAUAGCGCCCCGGCGCCUGCAACUGACUGAAGCGCGAAUGCCGAGCUUUGAACGGCUAGUAGAUGAAUAUUUAAGACAUGGUCUUCAUAAAGGCAUCCCGCCACUUUUCGUCGAUUUGAGGUCAUUAUAUGCUGAUGAAAGUAAAGCGGAAACAAUAGAGAAAUUCAUUAUACAGUAUAUAGAAAACUUAUCUAAGUCAGGAACGUUUAGUUCUGAACCAGACGAAGUGAAACAACCGGCGAGUGCUUUACUAUGGGCGUACUACUUCGCAGCACAACACUACGACCAUAAACAAGACACGGAUAGAGCACUGCAUUAUAUAGAGGCUGCGAUAGAACAUACACCGACUUUGAUAGAACUUUUUAUUGUUAAAGGAAGGAUAUACAAGCACGCCGGCGACCCGGUGUCGGCGUACAAAUGGCUGGAGGAGGCGCAGGCGAUGGACACGGCAGACCGGUACGUGAACAGCAAGUGCGCGCGGUACAUGCUGCGCGCGGGACACGUCAAGCGCGCCGAGGAGAUGUGCUCCAAGUUCACCAGAGAAGGAGUGCCCGCAACAGAGAAUCUAAACGAGAUGCAGUGUAUGUGGUUCCAAACAGAGGCCGCGGCCGCGUACCAACGCUCGCAGCAGUGGGGCGAGGCGCUCAAGAAGGCACACGAGGUCGAUAGGCACUUCUCAGAAAUAAUGGAGGACCAGUUCGACUUCCACUCUUACUGCAUGCGGAAAAUGACGCUGCGGUCGUACGUGGGUCUGCUGCGAUUGGAGGACGUACUGCGAUCGCAUCCGUUCUACUUCCGCUGCGCCCGCGUCGCCAUCCAGGUGUACCUGCGCCUCUACGCGCACCCGCUGCAGGACGUGCCGCAGACGACCGAGCCCGAUACAGAGAAUCUCGCGCCGUCAGAACUGAAGAAACUAAGAAACAAACAGAGGAAAGCGAAACGUAAAGCCGAACAGGAAAGUGCGCUGGCAGCACAAGUUCAGGUAAAACGUGAACAGCAUCACAAAGCGAGGCAGCAACAGGAGCAAGGCGACCCGGAAGCGCCGCAGCUCGAUGAGCUGAUCCCGGACAAACUUGCGAGAGCGGAAGACCCGUUAGAGCAAGCAUUAAAGUUCCUUCAACCGCUACGAACGCUCGGCGCGGACAGAAUAGACACGCAUCUAAUGGCCUUCGAAAUAUACUUUAGGAAAGAAAAGCCCCUGCUAAUGCUGCAGAGCAUAAAACGCGCGUGGCGGCUCGACAGUUCGCACUCGCACCUGCACGACUGUCUGCUGCGCUUCCGCAGUUGGCUGGACGACACGCACGCGAGCUUGCCGCCCAGCGUCGCCGCCGUCAUCGAUACGGAGAUGAGGCCGAUGUUCCAAGGUCGUUCAGCGCAGACGAUGGCGCAGGAGUACAUGCAGCAGUCGGCGGAGCGCUCGCAGCUGGCGGCGCUGUGGGGCGCGCGCGCCAUGCGCCGCCUGCAGCCCGCGCGGGCGCCGGAGGCUCUCAAACUGGCCACACGCCUCGACCUGCCGGACCUGUCUAUACAGGGUUGCGUUGAAGUUUUAGAGAGUCUCAGAGACGGCGACUUCGGCCCAUGCGAAAAAGACAUAGAAGAAUACAUCGAAGCGUGUCGCGUCAAAUUCCCAUAUGCGAACGCUUUCAAACCCCCAGCAGAACAGGUGCCUGACCACAUUAUAGAGGAUCCCCUACAGCCUAAGGAGAUAACGGUCAACAACUGAAGCCUUUUCCCUCCCCUCUCCCCCCAUUUUCAUUAAUAUACUAUCGUCGAUAGAAAUUUUGUAGUAUGUUUUUUGAAAAGGAUACACUCGUUUUGGAGUUUCGAUGUGACGAGAUGCCGGUUCAUACUCAAUUAAAAUAUUAAAGUUUUGAAAUAAUUUACUGUUUAACGUAUGUAGAUUGCACUACGGUUGGACUGCGGGCGGUUUAAAGUAUCGAAUUUUGUAAAUUUUCAAUUAUUAUGAGUAGUUUUCAUAUAAUAUAUAUAACUAAAUAUAUACCGUUGUUGUAUUAAAUAAUACAACAUACAUAGUAAAAUAUUCGUAACAUGUUGGUUCACUCGAAAUAUGAUUUAGACGGUUUUGCGUGCAAAAGUCCGUUGCGUAUUCGUUACGCAAAUGAGCGUACGCACAGUUGCGUACGUAAGUUGCGUGUUACUUACGCAAAUGUAUACGCAAUUGAGCGCUAGAGCUCGUACGUUGUGUGUUGGUUAUGCUUUACAUAUACGCAAUUGCGUACGUACGUUUCGUGAUGGUUACGAAAACGUGUACGCACUUGCGUACAUACGUUGCGUGUUUGUUGUCAAAUCUAAUAGCUUAUUUACUUUUUUUUUUAAUCACAAAUAUUUGCUAAUAAAAUUCAUCCGCGGCUGACCGUUGUGCAUCAGAACACAAAUUUGGAUGGAUUUGGCUAUUUCUGUCAUAACAGUGAAUGUCACAAAGACUAAAUUGGCCAGUUUAGUAGUAGCGAGAAUUUUACAAAAGUCUUUCAUUUUUGUGAUGAUAAAGAAGUGUUAUAGUCUGGCAAGUUCGUUGAUGACACUCCCAUGAUAUGCGGGCGACGGGGAGAAAGACUGCGCGGGGGUGAAAUCGUGCGUGCGGGGAUGUGAGGUGCAUUAGUCGUGGGUUUUUCAUUGAUCGCUACACGCCCCCCGGCCUGCGCGGACCACCGCGAGUUUUACGAACGAAGUUGCCAAACUAUAGCCCCACAUGGACCUGGGACCUGAUUAGUCCGAUACUCUUCAACAAAUUUCUUUGAAUUUCUGGACUGUUAGCUAGUUUAAAAUUUGAUUCAAAUAAUAAGUAGUCAAAACAUUUUGCUCCAAGAUAUUCAGAUGCACUUUUUUUUAAGUUUUAAGAAAACGAAACUGAAUGAGAUAUAAAUAUAACGUAAGACGAUCAAGUUUUGUGAUCACUGUGUUUUUUUUGUUGGCUAUGGUAAAUUAUCACUAUACCCCAGAAGAAUACAGAUUACAAGUGUAAUCCUAUAACCGAUGAAAUUAGUCCCAGGAAAUUAUAGUCUGGCAAGUUCGUUGAUGACACUCCCAUGAUAUGCGGGCGACGGGGGGAAAGACUGCGUGGGUUUGAAAUCACGCGUGCGGGGAAAUGAGGUGGAUUAUUCGUGGGUUUUCCAUUCAUCGCUACACGACCCCGGCCCACGCAAGCCAUCCGGAGUGUUACGAACGAAGUUGCCAAGCUAUAUUUUAAUUUUCGAUUACUUUUGAGCUUGCGGUCUCAGGCCCUUGCCAUUUUGCCAAUCGUAGUUACGCCACUUCUACUAAAUAACGUGACUGAUGAAAUUUUAAUCAAAUUUAUGGCUUGUAAAAAAAGACAGCUUAAAAAAUCAUCUUAUUUAUUAAAAAGAAAAACAAAGAAAUAUAAAUGAGUCCAUUCUCGCUUAAAUGCUAAACACAACAAGUGCUACAGUUUAUUAUUAAAAAUAUUCUAGCACCGUUUGCUAUAAUAACUCAUUUGAAUACAAAAAUAUCACUUGCCACAAUAAUAACAUAGGUUUUGGUGUUAAAUGUAUACUGAGUUUAUUAAUAUAGAUUAUUAUGCAUUGCUAUUUCAUUGUACUAAAGAAAAUAUGUUCCUUGUUAUCAUCAUAAGAUUUUUUUUUUUAACAAUAAAUUUUGGUUUCUAUGCAUGUAUAUUUUACCUGAUUUAAUGAACUGCUAUAAUUUUUUUUACUUCUACCCUUAAAUUGCAUAAUUUUGUUUUUAAUCACUCUUAUAGUCUUCCUGACGUGUAUCAAAAAGAAAUCCUUUCAUUGUAUAUUAUGACAUUUUUAAGCGAUCAAUUAAAAGUUUCAAUACAAGGCCUCAAGUGUUCAUACAGCAAAUAAUAUGUUAUUAAUAAAAUAAGGAUUUGUAAUGAAAGAUUGGUUUUUUUUGAUGUGUGAAAAAAAAAUGUGUGGCAAAGUUGCAAUACACACCAAAUGAGGUACGCUUUGUAAAUAAUACAAUAUUGUAAUGUAAUAAGUUUUUACUGUACAAUACUUUUGGUAUACUCUGUAGUCUAUAGAGCUGGUUGCUGUUUUUUUUUUCAUUUGUAAAAUGCUAUUAAUACAAUACCCAUCGAAUUGACAGGUACUAAAUAAAUUGUGUGAGUUUUAUUAUUAUAUAAAAUAAUAUAAAUGCGAUGCGUUUGGUGCGAUCAGCUCAAGACUGGACGUAAGCUAAGGCGAAGGCAAUACAGAAUUUGAAUUUGGAAUUGCGUUGCAAACUGUCUCAGACCAAUUACCUUCCACAGGACCUGCCUCGCUAGAGGUUACCCCUCUGUCAAAACGAUAUGAUCAUGAUCUAAUGUGUUCAUGCAAACUGUGUCUAUAGAAUCGAUGUUUUAUUGUGGUAAAAUUACAUGUGUGUGUGUAUUACUAUUUAAAUUUUAUAAUUGUGCGUUGUGUAAGGACACAGGACAUAUUUACAAUGUGUGUUUUUCCUCGUCUCCUAAAAAAUCGACAGAUAAUUUUGUGUGUGGAUACAAGUCCAAUAAAAGGUAAUUGGUCUGAGCAAACUGUGGCUAACACAGAGGAAGGCACAGUUUUCUGUGCGACGUUUGAAAUGGUGGAACAGUUUAAUGUGUUACUUCAACCAUUGGUUCAAUAGCUCAACGUUAAGGGCGGUCAGACUCAUCACGGUCGGGUGAGUGGGGUGUGGUGAUUGGGGUGGUGGUUCAAUCCCCUUGCCGUUGGUCUAUUGUUGUACCCGCUCCUAAUACAGUCUUUCCCGACUAGUUGAAGGGGAAAGGGAAUAUUGGUUAUGGAAUAAAAGAUAGGCAAAUAUUUAAAUAAAUAAGUGUUACAUCCAAUCUGUCCUGUUAAAUUUAAUGAGAUUGACAUCUUGAAAUUCUUGAUAUUUGUUUGAAUUUGGACUAAUGAAAGACUGUAUUUCAUGGGAAUUUUAGGUAGACCCACAUUGUCGUUCAAUGCUACUGAAUAAAGUUAAGGUAAUGCAUUAAAAUGUUUGUUGUAUUUACGUAAAAAGUCCUAUUCUGUAGUACCUCCGCCUCAGCAAAAGAUUUUAGUCUUUGUCAAUAACAUUAGACUAUUGGAGCCGUAGAAUAUAAUUCUGAUAAUCAAAUACAUGGACUUGUGAACAGUGACGCUUUAGUUGAAUUUGAUUUUAAUUAUUUUGUAGAUAUGUGUAAAGUUUGGACAAUAAUAAUAUUAUUAUUAUAAUUGAAUACACCAAAUCCUCUAAUGAAAACGUUUUUUAAAAAAGUCUUCACUGAAUGCAGAACAUCAGGGCUAGUUUUGAUUAGGUUUAAAUUCAAAUUACAUUUAAUUUUCAAGUAAUUAACAAUCACAGUCACUAAGUACUCUUAAUUAUUAACUAAAGUAUAUGGAACAACAAUAAUAUUUUCCAUACAAAAUGUAUAGUUAACCAAGCAAAUAAUAAACAAUUACUUAGGCAACUAUUUAAUUCAUAGUGCAUUAUUGAGCAAUUUCUUUUUUUUUUGCAUGUUAUGUAUGGUUUUAAAUUUUAAAAUUUUUGAUUGGGCCCUGAUGGUACUGUGUUGUUUAAUAAAUUAGUGACGUCAAAUGACAUGUCCGUGUCAUAGAGUAACUGGGCUGUUUUGCUCGGAAGAUACUGAAGUAUGAUUUCCGUGUACUAGAAAAUGUGUUGAAAUUAACCAUGUUGAUUUUGUUUGUUCACCUUGGUGUGAUUGGAGUAUUUUGUACCCCUGUCAUGAUGUACAUAAAGUAAUAAAUUUUUAUUUUACAAAUUUA